AAAUUCUGAAAUCACUAUUGGUCAGACGAUCGAACAUACUGAAACAAAAGCAAGUGGCAUCGCAUAAUCCAAAAUCGAAUUCCGUACCGAGGCUGAACGAAUUAUUUUCCACUUUAGACAUGAAGGACAAACCGCCAUGA